AUGAUCCUCUUCUCCAUCUUGCUCGCCUUUACCGGCCUGGUGACUGUGCAGGGCGGAGCGCCUGAUCGCACCGCGGAGCAGACUGCGAAUUCGAAAAGAACGAUUUCCCUUGGCGUUGUCGUCUUUCCUGGCUUCGAGCCCCUCGACGUGUUUGGGCCACUGGAAAUGUUCUACAGCCUCUCCAGGUCAUACAAGAUGACCCUUUCCGUCAUCGCUGAAAAGCCCGGCCCGGUGAGCGGCGGCAUACCUCCCAUUAAGGCUGAGGAUGCGACGGAGGCUCAGGACUUCGGAUGGAUGCUCCAACCCACCAUCGAUGCGACGCACUCCUUCGAUGACGCGCCCGCGAUCGACGUCUUGCUUAUCCCUGGAGGUUACGGGAACGUCGCCCUUGAACAGAACAACAACACGAUGGUUGAAGACUUCAUAAGGCGCCGCAUCGACCGGGUGGACUAUCUGUUCAGCGUCUGCACCGGCGCCGUGAGCCUCGCCAAGGCGGGUGUGUUGGAAGGGAAGAAGGCGACAACGAACAAGGCUAGCUGGGCUUGGGUGACGAGCCACGGGACCAACGUGACGUGGGUACCGGUUGCGCGCUGGGUCCAAGACGGGAAGAUCUGGUCAAGUUCUGGAGUGGCUGCAGGCAUGGAUAUGGCGUACGCCUUUCUUUCGCAUUUAUAUGGCACGAACGACGAGCGUGUCGAUGGUAUGAUGAACGGCAUCGAGUACGCACCGCAUACACAUGCCGACUGGGACCCGUUCGCAGUCGUUCACAAGGUUCCUGGGUCUGACCCGAACGCUGAUCUUACCGACUGCACCAAGCCGGCUGGGUACUGA